AUGCAUCAAGGCUGCAUCCUUGUCUGGAAUUGCAGAGGUAUCGUAAACAAUGAAACCCAGCGAGCUCUUGUGGAUAUCGUACUUGCCAAGAAACCCACCCUAAUCUUUCUUUCUGAAACCCUUGCACAGAAGACUACCAUUGACUCAUUAACGCAUAGACUGGGAUUCAAGGGGAGUUUCUGUGUGCCUCAUGAAGAAGAAUCGCAGGGACUUGCCAUCUUAUGGAGUGAGGAUACUCAUGUCGAUGUGCGUAGCCAUUCUCCAAACCACAUUGAUACUGCUAUUGGUAAACCUGGUACCGAUUUAUGGCGAUUUACAGGUCUCUAUGGGGUCGCUAACAGAGGUGGACGGGAUCAUACAUGGCAAAUAAUCAAAACCCUAGCUGCACAAAGAUGUCCCUUGCCAUGGUUGAUGGCUGGAGAUUUUAACGAGGUGAUGUCACGCAAAGACAAGUCAGGCGGACCUCCUCGAGUUCUGGCAGCAAUGACUAAGUUCAGAAGAACGAUGACGGCCUGUGGUCUCAUUGACAUGGGUUUUGUAGGCGGCAGAUUCACAUGGUCCAAUAGACAUACGAAAGAAAGGUUAGAUCGCGGCUUUCAAACAAUCCAAUGGCGCAACAAAUUUCCAUAUAGUAGGGUUAUCACUCUGAGUCCUUCAGAUUCGGAUCAUUGUCCAUUGCUUAUUGAAGCCUAUAGAGAAAAGCAACUCCGCAGGAAAGUCAAGAAACCGUUUCGUUUUGAAGAGUGUUGGUUUGGCAGGGAAGACUGUGUGAACAUUAUUAAGCAAGAAUGGGCAGUGCCUACUACUGGAAAUGCGUUACAGCAACUAGGAAGCAAGACAAAGGCUCUUGGUGACAAAUUAAUGACCUGGCACCGUACUGAGUACAACAAACACCACACUGAGAUGGGGCAAAUUCAGGAGAAGCUAAAUGACCUCAUGAGACAACCUCAUUCUCCGCAACUUUAUGAAGAACAAAGACAGCUCCAUGCUCGUUUUAGCCAGUUACUCACCAUCCAGGAAACGUAUUGGAGGCAAAGAUCUCGUGCCUUAUGGUUGAAAGAAGGUGACAGAAACACUGCCUACUUCCACAGAAAGAGUAUUUUCUCCGCGGAACAGGUUGAUGAAGAGGCUAUUGAGGCAGUAAUUGACUCUACUCCAUGCAAAGUGACACAACAGAUGAAUGAGGCUUUACUACUCCUAUACACAGAUGAAGAAAUUAAGGCAGCCCUUUUCCAGAUGCACCCGUCAAAGAGCCCGGGGCCAGAUGGGAUGUCCCCAUUUUUCUACCAAAAGUAUUGGCAUAUUGUCAGUCAGGAUGUAUGUGUAGCAGUUAGAGGCUUGCUUGAAAAAGGCGAAAUGUGGCUCCAGUCAAACUACACAUAUCUGUGCUUAAUACCAAAACUUCAAAACCCGAAAGAGGCCAUGCACUUUCGGCCUAUAGCUCUCUGCAAUGUUAUUUACAGAAUCAGUUCUAAAGUUGUGGCAAAUCGACUUAAGGUGUGGCUUCCUGAGAUAGUAUCUCCUUUGCAAAGUGCUUAUGUUCCAGGUAGAUUGAUUUCGGACAACACUUUAGUGGCAACUGAAGCAGCACACUUCAUGCACAAACUGAGACACCAGGAAUCAGGUUUCUUCUCUCUAAAACUUGAUAUAAGUAAAGCCUAUGAUAGACUUGAUUGGACCUUUAUUCAUGCUAUGCUGACGAAACUAGGUUUUGCUUCCCAAUGGGUACAAAUCAUUAUGAAGUGUGUAACAUCCGUGGGCUAUUCUAUUUUGCUUCAUGGGGAACCUUCUCCUCUGAUUACCCCUACUCGGGGCAUUAGACAGGGAGAUCCACUAUCACCCUAUCUAUUCAUUUUAUGUAGUGAAGGCUUGUCAGCUUUAAUCUCAAAGGCAGUGCAUCAACAUAAUAUUCAGGGUCUUACCAUGUGCCCUCAAGCUCCCACAUUGCACCAUCUUUUCUUUGCAGAUGACAGUUUACUCUUUGGCUCAGCUACAAAUGAGGAGUGCUUGCAAUACAGAAAAAUUUUGAAUACUUAUGAGAAGGCCUCUGGUCAGAAAGUAAAUUUCCAGAAGAGUAGUAUUGUCUUCAGUAAUAAUGUAAAUGUUGACAGACAAAGAGAAAUGGCUGCUCUACUAGAAGUCAAGUGUGUCACAGAGCAUGAUAGAUACCUGGGUUUACCUAUGAGAGUAGGGAAAUCCAAGACUGCUAUUUUUGAAUACAUCAAGGAGAAGCUCACUAAGAAACUUGUGAGUUGGAAAGCGAAAAUUCUAAGUGCAGCAGGUAAGGAGAUCCUCAUAAAAGCAAUUGCGCAAACCAUGCCCUUAUAUGCCAUGAACUGUUACUUGUUACCUAAAAGCCUUUGUGAUGAUAUCCAUCAACUGUGUGCCUCAUUCUUUUGGGGAGAUACCGAUGAGAAAAAGAAAAUCCAUUGGAGAAGCUGGGAAAAGCUCUGUUUGACCAAGCCUGAAGGUGGCAUGGGUUUUAAAAAUAUAUAUGCCUACAAUCUUGCUAUGCUUGCUAAACAGGGAUGGAGAUUGGUGUCCAACCCACACUCAUUGAUUGCCAAGCUGUUUAAAGCCCGGUACCACCCCAAUAGCUCUUUUUGGGAAGCAGAACUUGGAGACUCUCCAUCUUUCUCUUGGAGAAGCAUCCUUAAUGGAAGGCCAGUCUUAAAAGCGGGAGUACAAUGGAGCAUUGGUAAUGGUUCUCAAGUCAACAUCUGGAAAGAUAAGUGGAUCCCAAACUGCCAACAAUUCCUUGUUCAUAAACCACCGGAUUGUGUUUUUGAACUUGUGUCUGAUUUAAUUGACUCCAGCACAAGACAAUGGAUACCCGCUGCCAUAUAUGCCAUCUUCCCACCUGUAAUUGCUCAACAGGUACUAUGUAUUCCUCUUAGUAGUAGACAUAUGGAAGAUAAAUUGUGUUGGAGCCCGGAAAAGAAGGGUUUCUACUCUGUCAAAACCGCUUAUUGGAUUGCCAGAACCAAAGUGCUAGAAAAUGUGCUUGCUUCCACUUCCCAGGGUAAUCCUUUUCAGGAGUUAUGGAAAAGGAUUUGGCGUGCAAAGGUGCCAGGCAAAGUUAAAAUAUGCAUAUGGAGGGCUUGCUCAAAUCUGUUACCAACUCGGGCAACCAUAAGCACUAAAGGGUAUACUGGUGACCUACACUGUCUCUUAUGUCCACAUCCAUAUGAAGACGCUGCACACAUCUUCUGUAAGUGCCCCACUGCCAUUUCCAUUUUAGCUGCACCACCUUUUAACUUGGACAGAAGUCUGUUGCCUAGCAUAGAUUUCAAGGAAUGGAUGCUUGAUCAUGCCUUGCAUCUUAAGAAUGAAGUUUUUGCUAAGCUCCUGAUGGUACUUCAUGCCAUAUGGAAGAACAGAAAUGACAUGUUUUGGCGUAAUACUAGCCAACCUGCAAGUAAUUUGGUGUUUAGCUCUCUUGCAUGGCUCGCAGAGUUUGCUAAAGGAAAUUUAACAGAAAACUCAAAGCAACCAAAGAGUAGGCCUAUCUGGAAACCGGCGGCUCGAGGUCAAUGGAAACUUAAUGUUGAUGGAAGCUUCGUACCCCAAAUACCUCAUGGAGGUGUUGGUGGCAUACUGAGAGAUGAUACAGGGAAGUUCAAAGCUGCUUUCGCAUUCCCUAUUCAAUCAGUUGCCUCAGCAAAGCAGGUCGAACUUUGCGCCAUCAUGAAAGGCCUUGAAAUGGUGAAGGCCCUACAGAUUAGUAAUGUGGUGAUUGAAACGGACUGCCUCGAAGCUGUCUCUGAUAUUGCAGAUAGACACUGCACUCAUAUUAAUGCAGAAGGUCUCAUUGAUGAUAUUCGAGGUAACCUUGCCCUGCUGUCCAAUGUCAUUGUGCAGCAUGCCCCCAGAUUGUGUAACCAAGUAGCUCACCGUCUAGCCAAUGUUGCCUAUGAGGCCAGUAUGGGUGAAUCAUGGUUUGAUCAUCCUCCAGACUAUAUUCUGGAAGUACUAGAGCAUGAUUGUAAGAAGCUGGGGUCAGACUGCCCUCCACAUUAA